AUGGCGUUAAAGAGCUCCGAUGCGAAGGUUCUUGCGCCUGUAAGCGAGCGUGCAGUCUUUUCAUCGAUGAAGCUCAUGGCACCACCAGCACCCGCCCCCAUCAGUUCCAAGCUCACUUCUCAAUUUCCAGUCUUCGGCUCAAGCAAAACCCUCUACUUGUACCCGAUGUUCACCGGAAUCACGCUCUCCUCGGCCCUCGCUUUGGCGAGCUUGGCGUCUCGCGUUAACGCCCACGGAUACCUCGAAGAGCCCAAGCCGUCUUGGGUCAGCCAGCCCAAUCCUGGGUGGAUCGCGCUGGUGGACAACUACUGGGACAUUGGGUCGGGGCAGAAGUGCGGCAACACUGUGGUAACUGGAACCCCGCAGCCCAUUCCCAGCGAUGGGAAAGUGAAGUGGUUGGGCAACGGAGGCGGAGGCUUCACGCACGUGGGUCCGUGUGAGGUGUAUCUCGAUGACAAGAUGGUGCUUCACGGCGACAACUGCGAGGAUGAGUACAAGGGCGGCGCUGUCGGAUCCACUGAGACGUCGGACAUGCCCGUGGUGCAACGGGAAGUGCACCUUGAGCUUCUACUGGCUGGCAUUCCAGAACGAGCAGUGGCAGGCGUACGUGAGCUGCGUCCCGUUGUCGGGAAGUGGUGGAUCGUCGACGAGCACGCAGUCUACACCGACCACGCAGGGGAGUACAAGUCGACGCAAACUCCUUCGUCGAAGCAAGAGUCGACGCAGACUCAAGCCCAGACGACCCAGGCCCCCUCCAAGGAGCAGCACUCCAUGAGCUUCAGCAACCUGAACGGGGGUACGGGAACGGUGCAGCCUUCGAGCCUUCGUCAGUAA